UGUCUCUGUCCGAAUGAAAGUUUUACUAUGCUAGUUUACUGUGUGGCACAGACAAGGUCUAUUUUAGUAAGACGUUCUCAUGGGAGCUGAAACUAUAAAUCUAAGGAUUUUCUUCUUUCCUCGGUCAGCCAGUUAACUCACACUCCUCUCUUUUCUUCUUCUAGCAGAUAAGGAAGGACUACAGAAGUAUGUCUGACGCUCCUCAAUCAAAGCCAAAACCCAAGAUAAGUUCAGCCCGUCGGCUGGGGUUGAAGAUGAGGCUGCUGAGUACAGCAAUGCAAAUGCUGAUAGUAGAGAAGCAGGAUAAAGAGAAGGAAAGGGAGCAAGUGCUGAGUGAAAGAAUUCCUCCCAUCAAAUUUUCCGGUCUGUCAGUACAGGAAUUACAGGAACUAUGCAAGGAUUUGCAUCACAAGAUUGAUGUGAUUGAUGAGGAACGCUAUGACGUUAGCCUUAAGGUGGCCAAAAAUGAAAAAGAGAUACAGGAAAUGAAUCAGAAGAUCUAUGACAUGAAGAGCAAGCUGAAGAGGCCAAACCUGAAGAGAGUGAAACUGUCGGCUGAGCAAUUGCUAAGUGUCCUUCUGGGCUCCAAACACUCACAGUCCAUUGACUUCAAAGCCAACCUGAAGACAGUGAAGAAAGAGGAGGAGAAGAAAGAAGAGGUGACUGAUUGGCGUAAAAAUGUGGAGGCCAUGUCUGGAAUGGAAGGCAGAAAGAAGCUGUUUGAUGCUGGACAGUAGAAGGUGCUCACUAAGGGGCUGAGAGGGUGACGAAGACUGAAUGUUGAUUUUGUUUUCGGUCAUGAUUGUAAUGGAUAGUGGUAGAUAUGAGUUUAUAAAUAGACUGUUUGUUUGAAAUAAGAGUUAACAAUGUAAAAUGUGAUUGUAAUGGAUAGUGGUAGAUAGAACGCGUUUAUAAAUAGACUGUUUGUGUGAAAUAAGAGUUAACAAUGUUAAAUACAACAUAAUAAAGUAAUUGCAGUCGCAUUGUAUAUGCUAUAUUGUUCAUUUUAUUUUAUAUACUUUAUUGCAUAAACAUCUCCCUAAAUAUAUGAAAAGUUGGCUAGUAUAUCUAACCAGAACUAAAAUGUGUCUGAGCAAAAUCUCUUUAAAUGCUUUGCAGAUGACAAAACCAAUGAUGUUAAAGAUGUUGGCUAAAGAUUUCAGAAAGUACAUUUUCAAAAUGUAAAAAAGCCUCGAGAAUGUGUAAUAAUGCUAUUAUUAAUGUGUUUUUUCAUUUUUAAGGCAAACAGAUCAUUAUAACAUCAGUUUCACAGAAUGCAGGGUAGCUACUUUACAAUAAGGUCCUAUUAGUUAACGUUAGUAAAUGCAUCAUUAACUAACAAUGAGCAAAACAUUUGUUACAGUAUUUGUUAACUUUAGUUUAUAAAAAUAAAUCUAUUAAUUUUUUAGCCUAUAGUUCAUGUUUGCUCAGGUCCAUUAAAUAAUAUUAACAAACAAACAACUUUUGAUUUGAAUAAUCUAGCCUAUUCGUUUGGAAAUUUUGAAAUUAACAUUAACUAAGUUUAGUAAAUGCUUUACCUUUCAUUGUUAGUUCAUGUUAACAACUAAUGUAAACAAAUUGAACCUUAUUGUAAAGUGUUACCAUGUACAGAUACAGCACUGACCUUGAAUAAAAGAGAAUCUGACCACUGACUUGUAAAUUGUAGUUUUCAAAAUUAAAAGCUCUUUCUACACA